AGAGAGAGAGAGACUUUUGCACAGCUUGUCCAUCUUGUUAUUCCUGUGCCGGCUCCAGCAUGCAUGUCUGCCUCUCUGUUAUUUUGUGGCUUCGUGUCUGAAUACACGUCUCACGUUGAUUUCCAGCAUCUCCUUCUCAUCUAGCGACUCAUUCAGCUCUGCACCAAGAGGACGCAGCAUCCAGCCGUCACUCUGGAGGGAAAGGCCCCAGUCGAGACCAGCAGUGGGGAUGGAGGAGGCGGGGAGGCCAGUUCCCUCAGCCCCAGCCCUGCUGCUCUGCCCCUGACCCAGACAGAGACCGCCGGGCCCUGGCAGAGUGAGAGCCUGCUGGCAGAGUCCUGGUCCACGAUGGGCGACGUGGACCCUGAGGACACCAAGAGCCUCGACAGCAGUGACAGUGCAGUUGUGGGCGGAGAGGAGAAUCACUCAUCCAACUCUGACAUGGUCCACCUGGAGCGAGAGGAGGUCGAGAUGCUCGAGGAGGCAGAGAAGGAGGCCGCAGAGGAGGAGAAGUCAAGGAGAACAGAGGAAGAGGAGGAGGAAGAUGAGGAGUUGCAGACAAGUGUGUUGAGUGUUUUAGGCGGGGAGAGGGAGCUGGUGGAGCUCAGGGAGGAGGAGCAGGACCUUCAGGCCCCAGAAACUGAGGGGCUCCUGGUGUCCGCUGAGGAGCCUUAUGUGGAGAAGGAGCCUACAGAGUUCAGGCAAGUGGUUCCCCCGAUGGCCCUGCCUCCUCUGCCUAUUGUCAGGCUUGAUCCCCCAUCCACGACCUCCACCCCAGUCCCUUCAACCACAACCUCUGAAGCUGAGGAUCUUUAUUCAAUUCAGGGGCUCCACCCUCCGUCUAUCCUAGCACCGAUGGCAGCAGAGCCCCCCAUAGAGAGUCUCGAGCAACUAAAAUUCUCACAGAUCCCUCUUUCAGAUGUGGAGGAACAUUCAGUUAAAGAGUCUCAAGCAGCACCAGAAAAGCCAGAGCUACUUACCACUGCUACCAAGACUACCAAGGCUCUGAGCUCCACAGAGCUGCUGUGUGGAGGUGCUGCUUUAGUAGCUGUUGUUGGAGUAGUGGCAUAUGGUGCUGUGGCCUACUGCAGAAAGUAGAAACCCUCUCCUUUCAGUCCUGAAUCACCAUUUCAACACAGGUCUUUUCUGUUUUAAAAUCUAUUCCAAAUGAAAUAUUCCACUUCACUCUCUGAAUUCUGGAUUUUACUCUCCGACACUCUUUGUACUGUAGUUAUUAUUAGACACAUUAAAUUGAUUUUUCGGAUUUGUUUUGUGCUACCUCAGCUCACAGCAGAGCUCAUGGCCUUUGUUUUUUCUGUAUUUAACAGAUCAUUGAGGAAAUUCAUCCAACAAAAUGUAAAUCAAGAGUGCAAAAUCAUGUACAGUACAAUUUUAAAGAAUCCUGAAACUUGAAAUGAUUGUUUGAUGUUUCUUUGUGUGACAGUGUCUCUCGUUACUUCACCAGAAAUCAACAUGAAGUCAAUAAUCUCUUAAUCAUACCACUUCCAAGUCAAGUGAUACACAGAGUAAAUUGGAAGUGUUUUGAUAAAUUUAAGUUUUGCUUUUCAGUGGUUUAUAUGUGCUGCUGCACAGUAAAUACACAAAGAGCUGACUCUUCGCCUUGGGGCAGGAAUUUGGAAGAUGUGACCUGUGUUUGGUUUGAUGCUCCAUCCUGCCAUCUGCUGGUCAGUCAGCACCAUUACAGUCAUUUAGCAAAAAAGCCUCGAGACCACCAUGAACCGCAGGGCAGCAGGACAUCCUGUUCACAUUACAGUUGUUUAACCUAAAGGACUCAAAGGACAGAUUGUUAGUGGCAUCAAAAGUUGGACAUAUUUUUAGUCACACAUUUAUAAAACAACAGAUAUAUCCUUCAUGAUAACCAAAAAUUACAUUUUACACACUAAUCAGUUAAGUUACUUUUGCUCAUCUAUAGAAAAGGUAUAGUUUUAUUGAUGAGAAAUCUUCUGUGUUAAGCUUUAGAAAUGGGACCUGCUGGAUUACCAAGGAAGACAAAAUAACUAAAAUAAUUAUAAUAAUAACUGUGCCUGAAAAAAAAACAUGUAUGCAAAAGAAUAAAUUGCUGUGCUGAGAUUAUAAAGCCUGAAUGAAUGUUUUUUGAAAAUAUAU